AGAAACACAGCACGCCCAUCAAAACCUCUGUACUUCCAAACAACUGACUUUGGAGAAAAAAGGGAAGGACCAUAAUGGCGUGGGCAUCAUCCCCGCUGGACCCAGACCUAAUGAGGGAGAUUCUUGAGUGCCCUAUCUGCCUGGAGACUUACAACCAGGAACAAAUGAGACCCAAACUCCUGCAGUGUGGUCACACAGUAUGCCGGCAGUGUCUAGAGAAGCUGCUGGCUAAUACCAUCAACGGUGUGCGCUGCCCCUUCUGUAGCAAGGUCUCCCGUAUGAGCAGUAUUUCCCAGCUGGCCGAUAAUCUCACUGUGCUAAAGAUCCUAGAUUGUACUACGUCCUGCAGUGCUGCUGCUGCUGCCCUCAUGUGCAAGUCCUGCUGCAACCGUCUACCACGACAAUACUGCCAUGACUGUGCCAUAGUCCUUUGUGAGCUCUGCAAAGGGGAUGGCCACCUGCAUCAAGGCCAUUCAGUCCAGCCGAUUAGGGUGGCUGCUGAACAGCGUCGUAAAGAACUGGGUGGCAAGCUUGCUGCUCUGCGUGAUGUUAUGGGUGAAAUUCAGAAGAAAAAAGCAACUAUUGACAACAUUUCCAAGUCUCUGAGACUUAAGUACCGGGCAGUGCAGCAGGACUAUGCUACAGCUGAGCUACGUCUUCAAGAGGAACUCAGCAGGUCACGAAGGACAUUCACAGCUUCCAUGGCAGAAGUGGAAAAGCUCAAUGGACAGGUCCUGGAGGAGCAGACGUAUCUUCUUAACAUUGCAGAGGUAAAAGUGGUGUCCCGCUGUGAUUAUCUGACAAUGCGGGUGAGGCAGAGUGACAUCGCCUUGCUGAAGGAUGAUGGUGGAGACAGUGAUGAUGAAGAGCUGGAUCUGAGGAGCAGCUUGCCCACCAUGUUUCAGCUGCAAGAACCAGAGCUAGUCCAAACAGAGCACUCCAAGCCCGUAGAAGUGGGCCAGUUGACCACUAACACUUACACUGUCAAUACAGAUGACGAGGAGAGUGGGUUGGAGAUUGCACUUGAAGGUGAUGUAGAUGGUGUAACUGGGGCAGCAGGGGCUAUCGGUGCAAUGGGGGCUCCAGUGGAUCUUUACCGAGAUAUUGACAUGGUUGCAGCUGUAGAGGAGGCAGUGUGUGGUUCACCUGGCAGCUUUAAAUCAAAGUCCCUGGAUGCAGGUGGAGGAUCCCCUGGAGGAGCUGGAGCAAGUGCAGGGCCCCCAGUCUGCCAGUUUGUGAAGAAGAUGGGCUGUAAGGGAACUUUACCUGGCAUGUUCAAUUUACCUGUCAGCAUCUGUGUAACACCUCAAGGUGAGGUGCUGGUGGCCGACCGUGGGAACUACCGUGUUCAGAUAUUUAAUCGCAAAGGUUUCCAGCGUGAGAUCCGCCGCAACGCCAGUAGCAUUGACAACUUUGUCCUGAGCUUCCUUGGGGCUGACUUGCCUAACCUAAUCCCCUUAUCUAUUGCUGUCACUCCUCAAGGUCUGAUUGGGGUAACUGACAACUACGAUAACUCAGUUAAAGUCUACACUAUGGAUGGACAUUGCGUAGCUUGCCACAAGAACCAACUGAUUAAACCCUGGGGCAUUACUGCCAUGCCAUCGGGCCAGUUUGUGGUGUCAGAUGUGGAAGGCGGCAAGCUGUGGUGUCUAGCAGUGGACCGCAAUGUGGGUGUGGUCAGCUACAACCGACUGUGCUCUGCUGUGCGGCCAAAGUUCGUGACAUGCGAUGCAGCUGGAACAGUCUAUUUCACCCAGGGCCUGGCCCUGAAUUUUGAGAAACGUCACAAUGAGCCCCACCUGGAGGGUGGCUUCUCCAUUGGUUCAGUGGGUUCUGAUGGUCAGCUGGGCAAGCAGCUCAGCCAUUUCUUCUCAGAGACUGAGGACUUCCGCUGUAUCACUGGCAUGUGUGUGGAUGCCAAUGGGGAUUUGCUGGUAACAGACAGUGGCAGGAAAGAAAUCCUCCAGUUUCCCAAAGAGGGUGGAUUCAAAAUUCUCAUCCAGGAAGGGCUGACCUGUCCUGUGGGAGUGGCGACCACCCAGAAAGGACAGCUGCUAGUGCUGGAUUGUUGGGACCACUGUGUCAAAGUCUACUCAUACAUUCAGAGGAGGCACUCCUCCACUUCUUAGAGGAACAAUCCAGUCUAUCUGCACAUGAGCGUGUGAGGUUUUGUAGGUAUGUGUUGGUAGGUGUGUCGGGAAGUUUGAAAAAGGUAGAAACACACUGUCACAUCUGUCACUUUAGUUUGGCUGCAGUCCAAACAAUUUUCACUCCAGCUUUCUAUGGGUUAUUUAAUGAAUGUUCUAGUCAGUUUGGUUCAGUUUAAAGCCUACUGGAUUUUAAUUUAAUACCUCAAAUUAAAAAUCAGCUACUUAAGCUGCCUCUUACCUGGUUAUUUUAAUGGAUCACUGCACUAAAAACAGACCUUUUUAUGUCGAAGAAUCCUGGCACAAGUUGUCACAUUACAGUAAGCAAAAGAAGCCAUUGAUGUCAAAGCUAAUGCAGGCACAAAGUAAGGAUGAUUUUCCCUCGUCUAUUAUUGGCUGCUAUAUCCACCAUUCAGCCUGACUCUCUGUGAUGCAUGGCUUUCACAGAUUUGGCAAACAAAAAAAAAAAACACGGGAGGAAGAAGAGCAGAAAAUGAACGUGUAUUUACAUAUGAAAUAAAGCAUACCAAGGCUUUUGGCCUCUGAAGCACUUUAUUAUCGACACGUCACUGUUUCCUAAUGUUAGGUUUUAGUAGCACAGACUAACAUUGAUGUUGCUGAAUGCAGCUGGCAGCUUUAAAGUUUAUCGUGCAGUUAGCUAACGGCAAAACAGUAACUACGUAUCAGCAUUCAUCAAAUUGCAUUCAGUAACAUUCAGGGAACAUUAUGUGUAGAAUAUUAAGUUACCUGCAGGAAAGAAGGUGGAACUAUAAAAUCACAGCAUGUCCUGUGGAGGAAAGCUGGGUAAUACUGGGCAAUAGUAAUACGUCAUUUAUUGGUCUUUGGGGUUACCUAAAAUUUUUCACUGACAUUGUCAGCACAUUAUAGGAAAAACAAAGACACUAUCAUCUGGUAAAGUAGUCUUAUUGUUUGGGUUGCUGAGUUAAUUCAAUCAGAAUUAGGGUCACUGAUGUUUCAUUUCUAGACUGCAUUAUUAUCAUUAUAAUUUUUUCUGGUAGUUAUUAAUACUGUCUUGCUAGCCUGUGGACACCAGCCACAACCUGAGUAACUGGUUUAGAACAAAAUGGAGCAGUGUAUCUGCGGCAUUGACAUUUUCAGAGCAAACAUACUAACAUCUAUUGUCUGGUCCACAAAGCCUAUUGUCUGCAUAUGUCUUCUUAUUCAACCUCCUGCUAGUGACUUCCCAGCCACAGCUUCCCUUACUGGGUCACACAGAGGCAAGUUGAAAUAACAUCUGCAAGAUGAAAUUCUUGUCAUCUAAUCCGGAUCCUAUUCCAGUCAUGCAUCUCACCUCAAUUUCAGGCCUCUGCAUCCCUUUCUGCCUGCUUUUUUGUUUUAACCUGCAGCAUUGAGGUUAGUGUUAAGCGAUUUUAUGUAUGAUCACAGACACUGUAGCUUCUCUUUCUAUUCACCAUCCAGCCCUACAUGGAUAUAUCUUUGGCACAAUUUAAGUCAGUGAAUAGAUGACUAGAUGGUUUGCUGCAACUGUCAGACAGAGCUGUGUCCAUUAAUAAAAAAGUUGUGUCCAUUAAUAACAGUUGCAAAGUUCUAUGGUCCCAGAUGACUUUUGUAGCUUGCAAGGCCCUUAAAUGUGCCAGACUGGGUCCCUCGGCUCUGUUUGUCCUAUUACACAAUUGUCUUCACAUUACUUAUGUUACUAUGCCAGUACAACCAACACUAAAUAACUCAUGCACUAAGACCACAUUAAGCAUAAGGGCACAGCAGACAUCUACAACCUGAAUAAUGUUUACAAGCUUUGUUCAAACCCAAUGUUCAUUCCAGAGAACUUGUUCCAUUGCCUCUUUUUCCUCACAUCUGGACUGUGGUUAUAGGGGACAGGGACUGGCAGGAGUGUUCAGAAUAGCACUACUAGGACAAUGAUGAGUGAAAACUCCAGCAUCACUCACACACACACACACACACCAAAUGUGGCUUUGUUACACUGGGAUGUUGGUUCCGUGUCGCUGUGUCUCCCUCAGGUUUCUAUUCAACACUAGACAACUGCAGCCUGAGUUCUCAAGUGUUAGAUAGAUAUGGUAAAGACAACAGCCAUAUAUAGUGUUUUGCUAGUUAGUGCUAGUGUUAGUUAAAAAUGGGUCUCUAUCAGCAUGCAUUUUAUGUAUUAUUUUAUCAUGUAAAUUAAUUGAAUUUUUGAGUCCAUAAGAAGUAUGAAAGAGAUUAUACUUUCAGGUAAAAUAACAAUAAAAGACACCUUUAAUCAAGAAAUUUAGUGGCCUAAAUAUGGGGAAUCAAGUUAAUCAUUGAAACCCACUUAAUAAUACUGUAUGUAACAUAUUCUAUGUCCGUAAAGUCAUAAAUAGUAAAUAUUCCUGCUCUGAGGCAAUACUUAUCUUCCAGUCCAGGUUUGCUCAUAAGAGCAUGUUGCAUACUAAUUCAGCUUCAGCCUUAAAAUUGAAUAAUUUCACAAAGCUGACCUUAACUCUGCACCUGGAGCCCUAUUAAACAGUAACAUACAAAUACGCCUAUCUGAGAAUCAAAUCGUAAAAACACAUUGUGUAUUUAAUAUUUCUACAUAAACAAAAAGAUUAGGAGAAAAAAAACCUAGAACUGAAUUUUAAGUAUCAGGUGAAGUCUGUCACAGUCACAUUCUUGUGCUUUUUUUCUUUUUACAUGAUGUAUUUGUUUUAUUGUUAGGCCAUGUUAUAUCUCAGAACUAUAUGAAUUAUGAUUCAUGAUAGUCUCAGCUGCAUGUCGACCUUACCAUCAAAAUAUAUUAUUUUUUUCAGUGCUUACACUGUAUUCAUGUGGUCUAUAGAAAUAGUCAUUACUAGCGUAUAUACAGACUUACAAUGACAUGAAAAACGCAUAAAAUGCUAGAAAAAUCAAGUGUCCUUGUGUCAGUGUGCUCAACAUCAGUGUCUCACAUUAUCUGAAUAUGUUUUGUUGUAUGUCAUUGGAGAGAAGUUAUUUCUUUUGCAUACUUCUUCAGAGUUCCACUCAUUUAUACUAUUGUCAAUGAACCAAACUCCCACAUCCUACAGGUGUUUUGUCCUUUUGGAGGCUGUGAAAUUUUACAAUGUGUUGAACACAUUACAGACAUCUCUGUGUAGUCAAAUUCAUGUUUGUAUUGUUGAAUA